GCGUGGCUGCAGUCAGCUCGCUCGUGCAGUGGAGGAGUCCAACACAUUGGGAAAGUUUGAUGAAAAGUUUUGGAAAGAUUACAUUUAAAACUGUUCGCUACUUUUAUUAAAUGACUUCAAACGCACAUUGACAGAAAGAAGGAAAACUACACACAGACACCGAUAUGGCUAAGCGUCGUUUUCUUUAAUACUUAAUUGAAAUACAUUUUCCUCGCUCGUGCUCCGUUCGGCUCUCUCUCAUGUGGAAGUUUCCGCGCGCCGUCCGUGCCUCCGCGCUGCAUCUCAUUCAUCCUACACAGGAGAGGAGCCCGCGUCCGAGGAUACAAUGAAGCAGUGUGUCCUUGUCCGAGACAAUGCAGCAAGAUGCAACGAAGGGACCGUGCCGUUUCUUCCAAGAGCAGGAACAUUUUGUUCGAUGGCAGAGACAGAACAGCGAAAGAAUGAAGCUUCAUCCCCUGCAUGACAUGCUAUGACCAUCACACAGACUAGACUCUAAACGUCCAGUGACAAAGCCAGGACUCAAGAAUGAAGACCAAAUAUGCAAUUGUCUUCAUCUGUAUUGUGGCUCUGGUCAUCAUCGAGAAGGAAAGCAACAUUCUAUCAAGGGUCUCUGAUAAACUCAUCCAGAGGCAGACUCCUCAACAGACCCCGCAGAGUCCACUGGAUUACAACAACACAACUCAUAAUGGCUCCCUAGCGAUGCUUAAAAUGCUGCUCUCGAAACUCACUGGUACUACCGGGAAUUACUCAAGUCUCUCUGAAGAGGAAGAGGAGGAAGAGCUAGAUGGGUUAAGCACGUACAGCUACAGCGCUGGCCGCAAGCACAUAUUACUCCUGGCCAGCACGCGAACAGGCUCCUCGUUUGUGGGGGAAUUUUUCAACCAGCAAGGGGAGAACAUGUUCUACUUGUUUGAGCCUUUGUGGCACGUCGAGCGCAUGCUGACUACGGCUUCAGAGGCAAACAACGGGACAGUGUUGGCAGGAAUUUACCGGGAUGUACUCCAGGCACUCUUCUUGUGUGAUUUCUCUCCUCUUGAGAAGUUCAUCUCUCCUCCACCUGAGGACCACAUCACCCCGGCUCUUUUCCGCAGAGAGUCCAGUAUAUCGCUCUGUGAAGAACCCGUCUGCAGUCCUGUAAUCAAAGAGGUUUUUGAGAGGUACCACUGUAAGACUCGUCGCUGUGGGCCCCUGAACUUGACCCUUGCAUCCGAGUACUGCCUUUCCAAGCAACACCACGCCAUAAAGACUGUCCGUGUGCGACUGCUGGACACGUUACAGCCUCUGGUGGAGGAUCCUCGCCUGGACGUAAGGGUGAUCCAGUUAGUCCGAGAUCCACGGGCCAUCUUAGCGUCUCGCAUGGUGGCUUUCUCUUCCAAGUACCAGACUUGGAAGACCUGGGCGCAGGACGGCCAGGUGCCUGAGGACGACGAGGAGGUGAAGAGGCUCAAAGGAAACUGCGACAACAUCAGAGUUUCUGCAGAAGUGGGACUGAGUCGACCUCGCUGGCUAAGGAGACGCUACAUGUUGGUGCGUUAUGAGGAUAUUGCCCGCUUCCCCAUGCAGAAGGCAGAGGAGAUGUACAGGUUCACAGGGAUACCAUUUAGUCCCCAAGCUAAGGAGUGGAUUCUUAGGAACACCCAGACCACACAGGAAGCAAGGGGGAUUUACUCCACCCAGAAGAACUCCUCAGAGCAGGCGGAGAAAUGGAGAUAUAACAUUCCCUUUACACUGGCACAGGUGGUGCAGAAGGUGUGCGGGCCCACCAUGAAGCUGUUUGGGUACAGAUUUGUGGAUGAUGAAAAGACACUGACCAAUAAGUCCAUCAGUUUGCUUGAGGAGAAACUUUUUCACUGAUCAAAAAUGUAGCUGUGUAUCUGAAAAAACACUGCACACAAUGGAUAGGAACCAAGAGAAGCCAUUAUUGCACAAACCAAAACUCAGCAACGUUGCCAUAAAAGAAGUUGUGCCAUACACAAGCAUUCAUUCUCACCAAUGAUGUGCCUCAUUGUAAAAUGAAGAGCCACUUAUUAAAGUAUUUAUUUGCAUAUACUGUGUUCAUAGACGGGCUGUGGCUCAGUUGGUAGAGUUGUCGCCUCUCAACAAGAAGGUCGAGGGUUCAAUCCCCAGCUGGGCAACAUGUCCGAUGUGUCCUUGGGCAAGACACUUAACCCCAAGUUGCUCCUGCUGCUUCGGUGGCGGUGUAUGAAUGGGAUUAGUUACUUCUGAUGGAUGAUACUACAUAGCGAUCACUACCAUCAGUGUGUGAAAGGGUAUGAAUGGGUGGGUGUGACCUGCGGUGUAAAAGCGCUUUGAGUAGUCAGGAGACUAGAAAAGUGCUAUAUAAGCUCAAGUCCAUU